AUGCAUGCAUGGUUCGAGGACUCAACUCUGUCAUUGGUUCGUAACAACUGUGAUUGCUCUGAUUUUGUCUAUCUAUUUACAUAUGAAAUUAAUCAAGCAAAUCAAGAUGAAAACAUAGGAAUAUUUCCCACUCUUUCACGCACUAACAGUGAUUUAGAUUUUCAGAUUGGGUUCUUUUCCAGAUUUGGGGAAGGCGACGUUUUGCAUAUUGGGCUUUUGGAAUGUUGGUGUGGAUCGGGAAUGAAACUGCGGCAUACGAGACAAAAUUUCUACACCAUUGACAGGCCCUUGUUGGAACAGCAAAAUUCUGCUAUUUAUGCUCAUAAUUGGCCCCCUGUCUGGACAGGGCCAUAUCCAUCGUUAAUAGGUCCACAUUUAACUGCAACUCUUUCUAGUCCCCACUCCCACUGGCCCCAAAUUUCAACCCCUUCUUCCUCAUUUCUUGAUGCUUCUACCUGUUAUUUGACAGAAAAAAUUCAAAAGCACAACAGAUUUCUUCUCACUGGAGUCAAGCUUUCUGCUACCACUGCCCUUUAUUCAUCAUUAGAUUCUACUUUAACAAAUGUUUCUGAAACUGUUCCACUUAUCAAGUGUAAAAAAACCUUAACAGAUGAGCCUGUGCCUGUCAUUUCAAAGCCAACAAGUACAAUACCAAGCACCACCUCGGAACCGGUCAAGCCGGUGAUCGCUGAUAGAGGGGGAGGUAGUGUUCAAUUGAUGAAUGCAGGUGGGAAUAAUGGUUCAAGUUCAACAAGUAGCAUAUCGGAAUAUCUCAUGGAAAUUCUACCUGGAUAUCAUGUUGAUGAUUUUCUUGAUUCUCCUUGUGGUUUCUUCAAGAGUGGAGACAGUGAUGCUCUACCUUUGUGGGAUUCUGAUCUUGCCAAUAAUCUGAGCUUUAUUUCCCAAGAAAGUAUAGGUUUUUGGGUCCCCCAAUCCCCUCCUUUAUAUCCUCCUCUCGAGAUGGUCUAUGCCACCCCAAAUGGAUUCAAAGAUUCCAAGGAAAUUUCCAGCAACAAAUCUAGCAGAAAAUGGAGUGACGACAAUAUGUAUGCAGUUCCACAGAUCAGCCCACCUUCAACUGCCUUCAAGAGAUCCAAGACUUCAUGGUAGUGGCUUGAAAAUCUCGUCUUUUUAGACUUGUCGUUCAUGUCUAGUACGCAGUACAGGACUGUAAUCAAUAGUACAAUGAACAAAUUUUAAUCUUUCACUGCAUUCAAGUGAUCCUGCAGGGUAGUGGCGCAAAAAUCUCACCUUUUUAGACACUUUGUGCACGUUCUGUAUGCAUAUAGGACAGUACUGGAUAGUAUAAUGCACACCCUUCCGUAAGUAGGCUCGUCCAUGUUUCCGAUUUCUCUUAGUUUCUUGAAUUAGCUUCUUUUAAGUUUUUUGUAUAAAUAUUCUGUUUGAUGUAGUUUGACCUUUUCUUCUCCAGAA